AUGAAGAAAUUGUUAUUGUUAUUGUUAGCUACAUUAAGUUUAGGAGAAGUUUGUGUAAUAAAAGUAGGGAUGACUUAUUAUGAAGCAAGAGAUCUAGAAAUAAGUCGAUUCAAUUGUUACAUGAACUUUGAUGGAACCAUUGAAGCAUUAACAAGAUGGGUUGAUAUAAUAGAACAUCGAGAAUAAUUGUUAAAUGAUCUGGAAGUGUUAGCAAAAAUGAUAAAGAUAAUUGAGAAUGCAAAGUAAGUUAAUACAGUUAUUCGUGAUUAUGAGAGAAAUCGACCAUAUUUUAAAGUAUUUCUUUAAAAUGAAUGGACAUCUUGUAAAAUUGAAGAUGCGUAUGAUUAUGUGUAAUAUCUUAAUGAAUAAAGAUCUAAAGAAGAGAGAGUAUCAUUAGCUAAUUAGAUUAUAAAUUAUUUACGAAAUGCAGAGAGAUAAAUUUAUAGAUAUGUGGAUUCAUGUAGAAAUGUUAGAUUAACAACUGAUUUGAAAUAUAAGAUUGCAUAAUUAAAGGCAUUAAAAUAAGUUUGUGAAUAGGAACUAAAAAGAUAAGCUCCUAGAGAUAUUAUAAUAGAAAGUGAUGAUGAUGAUGUAGUUUAUUAUUUUGAAGAAUAAGAAUUUGAAGAUUAAUAUGAUUAUGUUUACGUUUAUGAAGAUGAAAUGGAAGUAGAAUUUCCACUUGAUAAUUCAGAACCUUAGGUUUAUAAAUAUCCUUAAAAUCCAAAAGUAACAAAGAGUACUGUUAUAAAGACAAGAGAAAUUUAUGGAACAUAAAAAGAUUCUAGUAAAAUAGUUGAUGCUCAUUCUACUUAUGGACCUAUUGAAUAUAUAAGAAGUGGAGUAGGAGAAGAAUGUGAAUAUUAUGGAGAUACAGUAAAUUAACCAGAACCAGAUUAUGUAGAUGGAAUUGAAGAAACUGAAGAAAAUCCUGAAUAAAUAAAUGAUGAUCCAAUACCAGAUGAUCAAAAAAUUACAGAAGAAGAAGCUAUUAUUGAAAUUACAGAAGAGACAAUAGAAGAAAUUAUUAAUGAUGAUUAAGAUGUUGAUAAAAAAAAAGUAAAACCUAAAAGAGAAGAACAAAAUAGAAAGAAAACUAAAUAAGCUGAAAUAAUUAAAUAGAAGAAGAAAAAUGGAUAUAAAUAAUCUGAUGAGAAAAAAAAUAAAAUUAAAAAUCAAGAAGAUGAUGCAAAGAAAUAAAAAGUUGUUUCAGAUAAUCAAUAAAAUAAAAAAAAAGUAAAUAAAAAGGAUGAUAUACCACCAUAAGAUGAGAAGAAUGAAAAUGGAGAAGAAGAGGGUGAAAUAUGUGUACCUUAAUUUAGAAAGAAAGCAAAGAAAGUUAUGAAAAAAGUUAAUAGAUCAGGACUUCGUUCUAAAGAUGGUUAAAGAACAAGAAGAUAAGCUAAGUAAGAGAAGAAGAUGGCAAAGAAAUAGCCAUUACCUACUAUUUGUUAUGGAAAUAAGAAUUAUGUUGAAGAGAUAGUUGGAGAAGAAGUGAUAGAAUCAUAUAGUAAAGGAGCUAAUUAUUUGGCUCAAGAGAAUUAAUUAAAUGAUGUUAUUAGUGAGGAUAAACAGAAUGAUUAAAGCGAACAUGAUAGAUCUAUAAAACUAACAUCUGUUAAGGAGGAAUUCAAUGCAAAUGAACCAACAUAAUUUUAACCACCUAAACAUAGAGCAAGUAAUGGUAGAGUAUAUGAGAAAAAAACUAUAGCUGUUAAUACUAAAUAUUUCAAUUCAGAUUUUGAUGGAGAGCCAACAUAAGUAUUUGAAUUUGAGGAUAGAUAAUUAUUAUAAGAUUCAUCUGAAUAUGGAUAUGGAUAUUGGGUGAGAUUUAGUGAACAUUCAAUUAAAUAACAUGUACGUGAAGAGGGAUAAUAUUAUUUCUUAUCAAGAAUGACUACUAAUGAAGAAUAUUAAGAUUUCUCAUUUUAUGGUGAUAGAACAUUGGUACUAUUUUUAUAUGAUAAUUCAUUUGUUUUUUCAACUUAUGAUAUUACAACAUAGAGUAAAACCAAGGAUAUCAAUGUUGUGUUAAAUGAGAAUAUGGAUAGUAUUUGGUAUUUCGUAGCAUACUCUUACAGUUCUUAAUAAAGAAUGGUAGUUGGAUAUAUAGUAAAAUAUGGAGAAGGAGCAUCUAAAUAUAGAAUAGAAAUUGAUGCUUAGCAUGUUCCACCAACGUAUGUUAAAUUUAUAUUUGGAGGAAAGCAUAUGGAUUAUUUGGGAUUAAAUGGAUAGUUUGCUAACAUAUUUUAUGAUAUUGAUGCUCCUGCUUUUAUUGAUGGAGAUGAUGCAUUAGAAGAUACNUUAAUGAUGAUUAAGAUGUUGAUAAAAAAAAAGUAAAACCUAAAAGAGAAGAACAAAAUAGAAAGAAAACUAAAUAAGCUGAAAUAAUUAAAUAGAAGAAGAAAAAUGGAUAUAAAUAAUCUGAUGAGAAAAAAAAUAAAAUUAAAAAUCAAGAAGAUGAUGCAAAGAAAUAAAAAGUUGUUUCAGAUAAUCAAUAAAAUAAAAAAAAAGUAAAUAAAAAGGAUGAUAUACCACCAUAAGAUGAGAAGAAUGAAAAUGGAGAAGAAGAGGGUGAAAUAUGUGUACCUUAAUUUAGAAAGAAAGCAAAGAAAGUUAUGAAAAAAGUUAAUAGAUCAGGACUUCGUUCUAAAGAUGGUUAAAGAACAAGAAGAUAAGCUAAGUAAGAGAAGAAGAUGGCAAAGAAAUAGCCAUUACCUACUAUUUGUUAUGGAAAUAAGAAUUAUGUUGAAGAGAUAGUUGGAGAAGAAGUGAUAGAAUCAUAUAGUAAAGGAGCUAAUUAUUUGGCUCAAGAGAAUUAAUUAAAUGAUGUUAUUAGUGAGGAUAAACAGAAUGAUUAAAGCGAACAUGAUAGAUCUAUAAAACUAACAUCUGUUAAGGAGGAAUUCAAUGCAAAUGAACCAACAUAAUUUUAACCACCUAAACAUAGAGCAAGUAAUGGUAGAGUAUAUGAGAAAAAAACUAUAGCUGUUAAUACUAAAUAUUUCAAUUCAGAUUUUGAUGGAGAGCCAACAUAAGUAUUUGAAUUUGAGGAUAGAUAAUUAUUAUAAGAUUCAUCUGAAUAUGGAUAUGGAUAUUGGGUGAGAUUUAGUGAACAUUCAAUUAAAUAACAUGUACGUGAAGAGGGAUAAUAUUAUUUCUUAUCAAGAAUGACUACUAAUGAAGAAUAUUAAGAUUUCUCAUUUUAUGGUGAUAGAACAUUGGUACUAUUUUUAUAUGAUAAUUCAUUUGUUUUUUCAACUUAUGAUAUUACAACAUAGAGUAAAACCAAGGAUAUCAAUGUUGUGUUAAAUGAGAAUAUGGAUAGUAUUUGGUAUUUCGUAGCAUACUCUUACAGUUCUUAAUAAAGAAUGGUAGUUGGAUAUAUAGUAAAAUAUGGAGAAGGAGCAUCUAAAUAUAGAAUAGAAAUUGAUGCUUAGCAUGUUCCACCAACGUAUGUUAAAUUUAUAUUUGGAGGAAAGCAUAUGGAUUAUUUGGGAUUAAAUGGAUAGUUUGCUAACAUAUUUUAUGAUAUUGAUGCUCCUGCUUUUAUUGAUGGAGAUGAUGCAUUAGAAGAUACUAUUAAGAGAUUAAGUAAUAUGCCUUAAUAAUUACCAAUAUUGAUAGAAGAAACAAUAAUAAGUAAACCAAUUUUAAUAAGUGGUAAUGAGAAAGGUGAGCAUUUUCAUUUUGAUCCACAAGAAUCAUAAUUAUUAAUUGAAGAAUAUGCAGUAGCAUUUUGGUUAAGAUGGGUGGAUGAUCUAAAAGUAGAUGAACCAAAUGCAUUUUAAUUAAUUAAUUUAAGAUCAAAUAAAGUACGUACUAAAGGUAAAGGAGUUCUAGGAGAUAGAGCUUUAGAAGUUCAUCAUAUAUAUGGUGGAGGUAUAAAAAGUAAUGUAUAUUUCAAUACAUAUAGUGUAUAUGGGAAUAGAGGCAAAGGAUCUGUGAAUAUAUUAAAGAGUAUAGAGAGUGUUGAAUAUAUUUGGACAUAUGUGUAUUUUGGAUAUAAGGAAGGAAGAGCUUAUGGCGCCUUAAUAAAACCUUAAGUAACUGGAGAAGUUAAAUUUGAAGGAGUUUACCAUAAAUAAGUUAAUCAUUUAAGUGUGACUGUAGGAGGAGAUGAAACAAUAUCUGCAUUCAAUGGGAAGAUAGCAUUUGUUGGAAUCUAUUUAGGAGAAGGAUCUUACAGAGAAGGAUUAGAUUUUUAGACUACUUUUAAUUAUGGAGAAGGAGUUAUGGGAGUUUAUUAAGUAGGUAAACCAAUAACUUAUUUGGGAGUUGAUUAAAAUAGAUAUAUAGAAUAUGAUUAAUAAGAGAAUAUAGUAGAUAAGAUAAUUAUUCAUGAUGAAAAUGGAAUGAAAAUUAAUGGAUAAAGUGAAUACGCUUUUGGUUUAUGGACCAGAUGGUUGACUACCUUACCAAAAUAUUUAAGUAAAAGAUCACCAGUCCAUAAUAUUGCUAAAGUAGGUACUUAAGGUUAUAUAAUUGAAUCUCUUGAUGGUAAAUGGGUUAGAGCUAAUUAAGGUAGGCCUUAAACACUUAAAGAUAUUACUUUAGCAUGUGUAUUGGCUUAAGAAUCAUAUGAAUUCUAAACUCUUAAUCUUAAAGAUGAUAUCCCAUUUAUUAAUUUAGAAGGUUAAUGGAAUUAUGUUUAUUUUGGAUAUAAGAGACAUGGUGAGAAGGGAGUAGCUAAAGGUUACAUACAAUUUGGAGUAGAUGGCGAAAUAGAAGAAGUAGCUUUUAAUGUUUAUCAUGAUUUCUUAAUUGAAUAUGUUGAAUUCGUUGUUGGUAAGACAUUUGCUCCACUUUUUAAUGGUGAAAUUGCUAAAGUUACUUUCAGUUUUGGUCCUGGAGCAUUUGUACCUAACAAAGAUACUCUGAAAGUCUAUACAGAAAAUUCAUUACCUGAAAAAGCUUAAAUUCAUCCUGUUACAAGAUAAACUUUAUAAUUAUUUGGAUCUGCCAUUACAAUAGCUGAAGAUCCAAUCUAAUUUGAAUUCAAUAAAUAUUAAGGAGCUGAAGAAUACUCAAUUUCUGGAUGGGUUAGAUGGAGUGGAUCACUUAUUACUGGUUAAGAAUCACAUGUUAUUACUCUAGCUUAAAAGAGAUUGCUUGAUUUAGAUGGAAACAAAGAAGAAACCUUAUAAAUUAUUAGAGGUGAUUCUCUUUAUAGAUUUAUUACCUAUACUAAUAAUGGUAAAUUGAUUUCUACUGAAUAAGAAUUUCAUGAAUAUGCUGAUUAAUGGACAUACAUAUAUUAUGGAUAUUCCUAGUAAUAGUAAAAAACAUAUGGAUAUGUUAAAUUUGCAUUCUCAAAUGCUGAAUUUACAUAAGAAAAAAUCUCCCACUUCUAUUUAGCUGUUUUUAGUCUUAUUGUUGGUCAUUAACGGUAAUCAUAUGUUGAUUUUGUUGGCUAAAUGAAAACAUGGGUAGUUAAUGUAGGUUUUGGUGCAUAUAGAGAGGGAAACUUUGAAGAAGAUGAAAAUAUUAAAAUUCAUUUUGGAUUUAUUAGUGGAGCUGAUCAUAUUAAAUAAGCAGGUUAAGAAGCACAUCAUGAAGAAAAAAUAUUAGAAUGUGCAACCAAUGAAGAAGAACCUCCAAUGUAAAUACAUUUCCAAUAAAGUUCUACUCUCUAAUUACAUGGUGUUUCAGAAUAUGGUUAUGGAUUCUGGUUGAGAUAUUAAUUCUUUGGAAUCAAAUAUAAAAUUUAUACUCAACCUCAAAUUAUGGGAGUUGCUAGAUUAACAACUAAUAAAGAAUAUAAAGAUUUUGAUAAUCCAGGGGAUAGAGUCUUAUUGGUUGUGAUGAAUAGAAAGGCUUUCUCUUUUGGAACUUAUGAUGUUAUAACUAAAACAAAUAAUGUUGGAGGUGAUCUUGAAUACAAAAGAGAGAGUGAAGGAGAGUGGUAAUAUCUAUAUUUUAGUUAUAAGAGAAACACUUAAUAAGAAGGACAUGCAAUAGCCUUUACUUAAUUUAAAGAUCAUACUGAAGGAUUAAAAAUGGAUGUUUUACAUUCUUUAUUAACAAACUAUCUAUAUUUUUGCGUUGGUCAUGCAGGUAAAUAUUAUGCUAAUUUCAAUGGUUAAAUAACAAAAGUAAGAUUUAAUUUAGGUCCAGGAUCUUUUAUCGAGAAUAAAGCUGAUUUGUUAUCUAGAAUAAAGACAAAGGAUACUAUUCCAGAUGUAGAAUAAAUAAGUAAGAAUAUUGAAAUAAUAUCUGGAAUACAUGAUGUAAGAAAACUAGAUGAGAAACAUCAUUUAACAAAAUUCAACCAAGAAGUAAGAGAAUAUGGAGUUUAGUUAUGGUUUAGAUGGUUUAAGAGUUAGAAGAAUACUUAAUUAAUGUAUAGAUUGACAUCAAAUGGAGAAGAGAGUCUUGGAGAUGCUCAGAAGAUUGGUGAUCGUACAUUAGUCUUAUGUCAUACAGAGGGAUUGGAAUUUAGUACAUAUAGUUUGGGUGAGAAGACAGUAUAAUUAAAUAAUGCAUAUGGAGUUUAAAUUACAAAAUAGAAUUAAGAAGUAUGGACAUUUGUAUAUUUUGCAUAUUCAAAAGAGAGUUAAUAAAUAGUAUAUUAUAUAAAUACGGAGGAAAAUGAGCAAGAUAGAUUUGAAUUUGCUUUACAUGUAGUUUCAUCUAAUUAUUGGUUCUAUUUAGCUAAAGAUGCACUUUUAAAUUCAUAUGAUAGUCGAUUGGCAUAGGUAGUAGUGAAUUUAGGAAAUGGAGCAUUUAGAAAGGAUAAUUUCAAGGGUUUGAUGGUAUUUUUAUAAUCUCCAUAAUUAUUUAAUCCAAAUGCAAAAUUGUAAUGGGAUUAUGAAGAAGAUGAAUUAGUACUGGAUUCUUUAGAUGCAGAAAAGUAAGGAGUGACAAUAAGAAUAGCGGAGCCAAAUUAAAGGAUUGAGAGUAUAUAGGAAUAUUCAGUAGGUUUAUGGAUUAGAUUUUUGUAGGCUUGGCCAUCAAGAUUGUGGAAUAUUCAAAAUGAAAUGUAGGUUUUCAGAUUGACUUCAAAUGAAGAAUUGGAGAAUGGAAAGAUUGUAAUAGGAGAUAGAGUUUUGAGUGCAUAUUUAUUACAUGAUAACUUUUAUUUUGGUGCAUAUGAUAUAAAUGAAGAUGCACCUAAUGAAAUAUCUACAAUACCUUAGACAUCAUUAGAAGGUAAAUGGCAUUAUAUUUAUGCUGGAUAUAAGAGAGCUAUAUAAGAAGCUGUUUAUUAUGUUUAUGAUGGAGAACAUAUAAAAAAAGCAAAGAAUGAAUAAUUGCUACAGAGACCAUUGAAUGAGUGGAUAAAGUUGAUAUUAGGAGGAGAGAAGAAUAUUCCUGGAUUUCAUGGAUUAAUGAGUCAGAUUUCAGCACAUUUGGGUAAGGAUGCGUUUAUAGAUGAAGAAGAAUAAUUAUUAAAGGUAAUAGAAUCUAGUUAUGCUUUACCAUUAGAAUUAACUGUAGGAUAUAUAUAAAAAUAGAAGAAAGGACAAGUAGAAUUAGAACAAUAUAAGACAUAAGAGCUUACACAAUUGUAAGGAAUAGGAGAAUAUGCUAUAAGUGGUUGGUUUAAGAUUGCAGAAAUAUAAACUAAAAUUGAAGGAGAAAUUACUUCGCCAUGUCAAAUCUUGUUUAGAUUAACUAACAAUUAUGAAGAACAUUUGUUUGAUAGGAAAAUUCAAGGAGAUAGAACUUUUUAUGCUUAGGUCUGUACAAGUGAUACAGUUAAGGUUAGUACUUAUAGUAUUUCAGGAUUAAAGGAUUGGAAUGAAGCCAAAUUUUUAGAAGCAAAAGCAGAAAUGGGUAAUUCCAAAAGAGCUUGGACAUAUUUCUAUAUGAGUUAUAGUGAAGAAAAGAGAGAAGUAGCAACAUUACUUAAAUUAUUUGAAAAAGAUUUGCCUAUUAUAUUCAAGGAUGUUUAACAUUUUGUUGCCAAUAAUAUGUUUAUUUAUUUAGGCUAAGAUACAUUCAGUAGGAAAUUCCAAGGAGAAUAACAUAAAUGGGAAUUGUUAUAUGGAUCUGGAUCUCAUACUUAUAAUGAGGAAACUAUGCCAAAUCUGAGCUAUAUCAUUAAAAAUAAAAAGAAUAUGUGGUUUAUGAAAGAAGAUAAGAAAAUUGAAAAUAAAUUACAAUAAACUUUUAAUAAAGAAGUUGAAUCUGUUGAUGAAUAUGCUGUUGGUAUGUGGACAAGAUGGUUAAUUGCUUUUCCAAAUACUCUAACUGAAAGAUCUGAUACUCAUACUAUUUUUCGACUUUCUUAAACUACAGAAUAUUAGGAUAAAGCUGAAUUAGGAAAUAGAGCAUUAUCAGCAUUCAUAAAAAAAGGAUAUUAUGAAUUCAGUACUUAUGAUUUAGCAGUACCUAAAAAUGCUGUUGAUGCCAAAAUUAAUUAUGAAAAUUUAGAAGGAGAAUGGAAUUACAUUUAUGCAAGUUAUAAAAAUAAAUAGUUUUAUGGAUUAAUCCUUUUUAGGGAUCGAGAACAUUUUGAACAUAUACAAUUAGAUGUUACUCAUUUUGUAUUUACUGGUUAUGCUAGUUUGGUUUUAGCUGCGAAUGAAUUUGGAUAUAAAGCAUUCCAUGGAUGGAUCUAUGAUCCGAGAUUAUUUAUUGGUGUCGGUGCCUCUUUAAAUAAUCCUGAAACUAUAGUAGAAAUGGUUUAAAAAUUACAUCGUAAAGUUCCUAUUAGUUCACAAUCUUCUGAAGGAUUUAGUUGGCCUGUAAAAAUGCUAGAUACUACCAAUUAGGACGAUUUAGAUGAAAAAAAGAAUGAACUUAAAUAUCAGUUUGAUGAUAAAUAAGAAAUGCUCAGUUACAGUAUUGGUUUCUGGUACUAAAAUGCCCCCUUGUUACCUGAAAUGGUAGAUGAAUUAAGAGGACUGAUAAGAUUAACUUCUAACAAUGAAGAAGUAGGUUAGGAUAAUCAAUUUAUUGGAGAUAGGACAUUGGCUCUUUUUACAAAAAUAAAUGAGCUUUUGGCUUCUACAUAUACAAUUAAAGAUCCUUCAUUUGAAUCUUUAUAACAUUCUUUCUCUAUUAAACCUUAUCAGUGGACCUUUGUAUAUUUUGGCUAUCAUUAAAAUAAAGUAAGAGCUUACGUUUUACAACCAGCUGGAGUUCAAGAACAUAUACAAUAAGCAACUCAUAUGAUUCCAAAUAAAUUGUACCUACAUUUAGUAAAUGAUAUAGGACAUUCAUCCUUUUGGGUAUCUUUUUAUUUUUAUUAUCUUUUAGGGCAAAUUGUAUGGAUUAAAACUAAAUUUCGGUGAUGGUAGUUACUUAGAUAAACCAUAGUAAUUAAUUGAUAGAUGGCCUUUCGAUCCAAAUAGGAUUAGUUUAAAUAAAUAAGAGACAGUUCACUAAGAAUGA